AUGUCAACAUCAAAUCACAAAGCAGUACCUACUUCGACAUUGAAGAAUACCCAGGCAAGUCCUUCAAUUUCUAAUUCAUCAGAACCAAGUGCUUUGGUUGGAAAAUCAGCUCGUGUUGUAUUAAGCGAGGAUGAGGAAGAAGACAGUAACCAAAAAUAUACAUCAGAUGGAGAUGACGAUGAACCUGGAGCUGAGCCCAUGUCAGCAGAGGCCUUGGAGUUACUCAAAACUGAAAAAGUGCUCAAGGCUGGAUAUUUAUUGAAGAAAGGUGAAAAAAGAAGGACUUGGAAGAAGAGAUGGUUUGUCUUGAGAACAACCAAAUUAGCCAUGUAUAAGGAUAAUAAGGAAUAUAAAUUACUUCGAAUUAUUGAUCUGCAUGAAAUACACAAAGUAGUUCAAGUGACAACAAAACACAAGUAUAAAUACGUCUUUGCUUUUGUUACUCCAAAGAGAAUGUAUUAUGUACAAGCCAACGAUCAAAAUGAUAUGAACGAAUGGUUUGCUUGCAUAAACCAAGCCAAGCAAGAACAAAGGCUCUAUGAUGCAGAUGAUGACACUAGCUCACUUGAUCGUGAUCAAGAGUUUGCCAAGGACGUCAUUUCGUCUUAUAAAUCAAAUUAUAGUGCUAAUACCAUGCAACAAAGAAGGCAAUCAAGCACGGGCAUAGAUGAAUAUAAUAAUAUUAAUACCAGUAAUAAUACCAAAUCACAACCUAUGAACAUUCCUGGAAAGAAAAAGAGACCUAAUCAACGAUCAACUGAAUAUUAUCCUAUAUCACCUUCAUCAAACCCUACAAGUUCAUUUCUAACGGAAGGCAUUGUGAGUUCAGAGGACGACGAGGAAUAUAGCGCAGAUAAAGCCAAUAUAGAAUUGGAAGAGAAUAGGAAUAGAGUACUUAUAGAAGGAUACUUGCUAAAGCUAGGGCGCAACAAGGGAUGGAGAAAGCGAUGGUUCGUGCUUCGAACGGACACACUUGCUUAUUAUGAGGAUGAUAAAGAAUACUCCCCACAUCGAAUUAUUCCUUUAGAUCAUAUCAUUGAUUCACUGGAAAUUGAGCCUGUCAGUAAAAAUAAACAAUACUGCUUCAAAAUCAUUAUACCAAAGAGAAGCUAUGUACUAUGCGCACCUAGUGAAAGUAAUAUGGAAGCAUGGCUAAAUGCACUUGUUGUAGCAACAAGAAGAACUAAAGCAGAAGAUAUUACACCCAAAUACCAUCGACCACUUUCUCUUAUUCCUGAAAAUACAAUUGAAAAAACGCAUUCGACAACAGAUUCACUUGAUUCUAUUGAAAACAUCAGCCAUCUGUCAGGUGUCAGUGGAGCAGGAGGUGUAGGUGGUGCUGGUGGAGCACUGGGUAGUGUACCAAGUCAAUCGAUGUUAGUAUCAGAAAGACUGGGUCGAUCAAAAGAAGUACCACUUGCAUUUAAUUCAUAA